AAACAAUUCAUAUAAUAAGCAUGUCAUCAGAAGACGCUACUAUGGGUGAAAAUGAAAACAUCUUAAUUUUAGAACAAGGCACCGAGUCUCAACCUUCAGAAAAUAAAGUAAAACAAACCACACCUUAUAUGACAAAAUACGAAAGAGCAAGAAUUUUAGGCACCCGUGCUCUUCAAAUUAGCUUGAAUGCUCCAGUCAUGGUUGAACUUGAUGGAGAAACCGAUGCUUUAGUCAUUGCAAUGAAAGAGUUACGAGAGAAAAAAAUUCCUCUUAUUGUUAGACGUUUCCUUCCUGAUCAAACUUAUGAAGAUUGGGAUGUAAAAGAUUUGAUUGUAGAUUAAUUUUAUAUUAGAUGUUAAGUCUCUCUCUCUCUCUUUUUUUUUUUUUUU